AUGCCGGAUCCUGCAGAGUCCCCUUCGCCAGCUAUCUUUCCUCAAGACGAUGACCCCCUACCCUCUCCUCCUCCUGGUGGCUUCCCUCCAGACUCCCCUCGGAUAGCCCCAGAGCCAGUGUCACAGCCCAGUCUUACUGAGGCCGUGUGGGAUCGAAGAGCAGACUACACCAUACCGAGAAAAGUUCAGAUAAAGAUCGGCACGUGGAAUGUUGCAUCUCUCAACCACACAGACAAAGAUAUCGGUAAAUGGUUCACUGGUGCACAGGCGGAGGGUGAAAUUGCGGCUCCAAAGGAAGCACCAGAGCAGAAGCAUGGCUAUAUUGAAUCUAUCAAGAAAGCCGUCCACUUGGAGAAAUCAAGUGAUGUGGCUCAUGAAGAAGAGAUAGGCUUGUACGCCUUGGGUCUGCAGGAGAUCGUAGACAUCUCAUCUGCGGCAGAACUCUUGAAGCCAUAUGUUGACCCUCAUCCUGCGCAGAAAUGGAAGCAAGCUGUCGCAAAAGCGUUGCCGGGGAACUACCACCUGGUCGCAGAACAACAGCUACUGGGUCUUUAUGUCAUCAUCUACGCCUCUACAGCAAUGCUGCCUCUGAUCUCAAACGUAAGCGUCAAUAGUACUGCGACGGGAGGGAUGGGUUGGAUGGGCAACAAGGGUGCUGUCGCGGUAAGACUUGUCCUAGGCCAAACGACAAAGGUAGUCUUUGUCAACUGUCAUUUGAGUGCUGGCGUCGAAAAGGGCAACCUCGAACGACGGAAUUGGGAUGUCAGUCAGAUUGUCAGCAGAACGAAAUUCACCGCUUUGGAGUACGGUAUUCACGAGGUGGAAGGACGCCAAGAGCAUAUUGGCGACGAAGACUUCUGCUUCUGGUUUGGUGAUCUCAACUACCGGCUUGAAGGCAUCCCAGGCGAGGACGUCCGAAGGCUUCUGAUGCUUCACACACACCAUCAAUCCUUAUCUACUUCUGAACUAUCCGACGUGACUGCUAAGGUAGCUUACUCAAAGCCUGUCUCCCAGGGAACCACCGUAGCCGAUCCUGAGACGGAUAAUGGUUCAUCUCAACAGCCGCACGACUCAGGGGACGCAAAUCUUUCAACGGUAUCAUCUCUUACGCUUGUUGAUAAUGAAAACACACCGGCAGAAGUGACAAUCGACCCUACCUCUAUGCAGUCCACGGUCUCUUCACUGCUUUCUCAUGAUCAGCUGCGAUCACAGAUGAAGGCCGAACAGACGCUGUAUGAUGGCUGGAGAGAAGGGGACAUACAUUUCCUUCCCACCUACAAGUACGAUUUAGGAACUCUCGGGUCAUUUGACUCGAGCGAAAAAAAGCGCAGCCCAAGUUGGUGUGAUCGGAUCCUGUUCCGCUCGAAAGAGGAUCGCCUUGCCUAUGAAACCAAAGCUAGUGAAAGAGUAGAGCGAGAGCAAGCGGCGGGAAAGUCUCAAUCCAACAGCGACAAAGACGAGUCCGUCAUCUUCGAUUACGACCCCGAGACAGAUGGCAUGGCCUAUGGAGACGAUCCUUCGAGGGAGACUCAGACUCCCAAAUCGUCUGAUACCAUCAAGGGUAGCUUAGAGCAGAAUACGUAUCGAUCGCAUCAGGACAUAUUAUCUUCAGACCAUAAGCCUCUUGACGCUCUUUUCUCCUUGUAUUUUGACGCUGUAGAUGAAGAGAAGAAAGCUCAAUUAAGAGGCCAGAUGGCCAAGGAAUUUGACAGGGAAGAGAAUGAAAGGCGGCCUACGGUAAGCAUUACAGCGGAGGAUACCAAUGAGGUGAUUGAAUCAAUCGACUUCGGACAGAUACAUUAUGAGGAGCCAGAGGUGCGCAAAGUCAUGAUCGCUAAUACAGGUAUUUCGACCGCUACGAUACAGAUCCUGAAGGGGCCCAGCCCAGACACUUCCGCAUCCCCUUGGCUGACGAUUCACUACGAUGAGUCCUCCGAUGAUCAUCCACAGGACCAUGUCCUUCGGCCAGGGGAGAAGAUUUCCGUGAAGACUACAAUUCACGUCACCGCUUUCGAUCAGGUGCAAAGUCUGAACAACGGUGACCAAUCUCUGGAAGACGUCAUGAUUCUGCGCGUUAUUGAUGGCAGGGAUUACUUUUUGCCUAUCGCAGGACAUUGGGCUGGUUCGUAUUUUGGACGCUCGUUGACUGCGUCAGAUGACUCAACUAUUGGGUCUCGCGCCGGUGCGGUUCCCCGCAGUAUUUCGAGCCUCGCUCAAAGCUUGGAUGGACUGGUCGAAAGAGCCGUAGCAGACAUGGCGAUGAAAGAAGAAAAAGGUCCGUGGGAGACAGAACCACGUUGGCCUUUCAAGGGUCACACCAAGGCGCCUGGCCAACGCAGAGAAAUCCAAUACCAUAUCAGGAGAAAUCUCGAGAGAAAUGCAGCGUUAACAACUGGCGUUCCCGAAGAGGCGGACAUUGUAGUCCAAGUUGAAGCAAUGGCGGAGGUUAUCCUAUCUUUCCUCGAAAGUCUUGAAGACGGCGUGAUCCCGAAAGAUUUGUGGGAAGAGCUAGACCGCGACAUGGGUUCACGCUCAAAAUUUCAAACAAAAGAAGAAGAGCAGUCGUUGAUGAUCGAUAUACUCGCAAAGUGGCCGCGUCACUGCGCUGCUCUCACUACAAUCACAUUCAUGCUUGCUAAGGUCGCUCAUGAGAUUGCGCCUCCACCUGCUGAGCGCCAUGGUAAGGCAUUGAGUGCGUAUACACACAUCUUUUCCGACGUACUGUUUCGAUACGAUGGCAUGCAGCAUUCGAAAAAGCGCAAGUAUACCGAGCGACACCGUAUACAUCUGCUCGAGACGUUCAUGUAA